GGAAGGGGAUAUUUAGCAAUGAAUGUGCAAGGCAUAUGUUGCUUGUAAAAUAUAUAUUCUCUAAUUCUCGAGAGGAAAAAUUAGCCUGCUCAAACAAUGAAUCAUAGAAGAUGUUCUGAAACUGGGACUAAUAAUUCACCAGGAUCCACAAAGAGAAAUGAGAGCCAGGAUUACCUACUGAUUGAUUCUGACUUUGCUGAAGACAACUAUUCACAUCACUAUGGAUACCACCACGUGUGUGGCAGUGAUGACAGACUUGCAAUUCGGAGACAGACAAUAUUUCGAGAUAAAGGGAGGAGACAAGCAAUCCGUGGGCCAGCAUACAUGUUUAACGACCGGACUGCAAGUCUUUCUAUUGAGGAAGAACAGUUUUUGGAAGCAGCAGAAUAUGGUAAUGUCCCUAUGGUGAGAAAAAUGUUGGAGGAAUGCCCUUCUCUUAAUGUUAACUGUGUGGAUUACAUAGGUCAAAAUGCAUUGCAAUUAUCUGUAGCCAAUGAACAUCUAGAAAUCACAGAACUUUUGCUUAAAAGAGAGAAUCUGGCAAGAGUUGGAGAUGCCCUGCUUCUGGCAAUCAGUAAAGGCUAUGUCCGAAUAGUAGAAGCCAUCCUUAACCAUCCAGCAUUUGCUGAGGACAAAAGACUUAUAGCAAGCCCUAUUCAAUCAGAGUUGGAACAUGAUGACUUCUAUGCAUAUGAUGAAGAUGGAACAAGGUUUUCCCAUGAUGUAACCCCAAUCAUAUUGUCAGCUCACUGUCACGAGUAUGAAAUUGUUCACAUUUUACUUAGAAAAGGGGCUCGCAUUGAAAGACCACAUGACUACUUCUGUAAAUGCAGCGAGUGCAGUGAUAAACAGAAACAAGACUCAUUUAGUCAUUCCAGAUCCAGAAUUAAUGCUUACAGGGGACUAGCUAGCCCUGCAUAUCUAUCCCUAUCAAGUGAAGACCCUGUACUUACUGCUUUAGAACUUAGCAAUGAGCUUGCUGUGCUGGCUAAUAUUGAAAAGGAAUUUAAGAAUGAUUACAAAAAGUUGUCUAUGCAGUGCAAAGACUUUGUGGUUGGCUUACUGGACUUGUGUCGGAAUACUGAAGAAGUUGAAGCCAUUUUAAAUGGAGCUGUAGAAGUCAAACAUGGCGAAAGUGAGGAAGGACGUCCAAGUCUUAGUCGAUUAAAACUUGCAAUUAAAUAUGAAGUCAAAAAGUUUGUAGCUCACCCAAAUUGCCAGCAGCAGCUUCUUUCCAUCUGGUAUGAGAACAUUCCCGGAUUACGACAGCAACCUGUUGCAGUCAAGUUUUUGGUGGUACUUGCUGUAGCCAUGGGGCUACCAUUUCUUGCAAUGAUUUACUGGAUUGCACCAUGCAGCAAGAUUGCGAAGAUUAUGAAAGCACCAUUUAUGAAAUUUGUAGCACACGCAGCUUCAUUCACAGUUUUUCUUGGGCUGCUGGUUCUGAAUGCUGCUGAUAGGUUUGAAGGAACCAAACUUCGUCCAAAUGAAACCACUAUUGAGCCUAAUGAUCCUAAGCUGCUGUUCAGAAGGAAAAUAUCCAUAUUGUCUUGGAUGGAAAUGCUGAUUAUCUCCUGGGUAAUAGGGAUGAUAUGGGCUGAAAUCAAAGAAAUUUGGUCCCAAGGUCCCAGAGAAUAUUUAUUUGAGCUAUGGAAUAUACUUGACUUUGGAAUGCUUGCUAUUUUUGUGGCAUCCUUCAUUGCAAGAUUUAUGGCAUGUUGGCAUGCAUCCAGAGCACAGAGUUAUGUGGAUGAACAUGACAAGGACCUAGCCGAUGCAACAUUACCAGAUGAGAUAAAAUACUACAAUUAUGCUCGAAAGGACUGGCUACCAUCUGAUCCUCAGAUUAUAUCAGAAGGCCUCUAUGCAAUUGCAAUAGUUCUGAGUUUUUCUAGAAUUGCAUACAUUCUUCCAGCCAAUGAGAGUUUUGGACCACUACAGAUAUCUCUAGGUCGAACUGUUAAAGACAUCUUCAAAUUUAUGGUCAUUUUUAUUAUGGUAUUUGUGGCCUUCAUGAUAGGGAUGUUUAAUCUUUAUUCCUAUUACCUUGGAGCAAAGCAAAAUGAUGCCUUCACAACGGUUGAAGAAAGCUUUAAAACAUUAUUUUGGGCAAUAUUUGGAUUGUCAGAGGUGAAAUCUGUUGUCAUCAAUUAUGGGCAUAAGUUCAUUGAAAAUAUUGGGUACGUGUUAUAUGGAAUCUACAAUGUCACGAUGGUCAUUGUCCUUCUCAACAUGCUAAUUGCAAUGAUUAAUAGUUCCUUUCAAGAAAUUGAGGAUGAUGCUGAUGUAGAGUGGAAAUUUGCAAGAGCAAAACUGUGGUUUUCCUAUUUUGAAAAAGGCAGAACUCUUCCAGUGCCUUUCAAUAUAGUUCCAAGUCCAAAGUCAUUUGGGUCUCUUCUUCUCAGAAUGAAAAUUUCAAUUUCUAAGGUGCUACAGCAUCAGAAAAAAGAAUCUGAGGGAGAUGCUGAGAUGAACAAGCUUGGACAAAGCAAGCAGUCUAGCAUCAGAAGUACUGAUGAGCCUCAUCUGAGCAGUGUAAGCAGUCCUCCUUCAGGCUAUCAGAAAAUUAUGAAACGCCUUAUCAAGCGCUAUGUGUUGAAAGCACAGAUUGACAAAGAGAGUGAUGAAGUCAAUGAAGGAGAACUGAAAGAAAUUAAGCAAGACAUUUCAAGCUUACGGUACGAACUUCUUGAAGAAAAAUCACAAAGUACAGAUGACUUAAAAGAAAUGAUUAGGAAACUUUGUGAAAAAUUGCUUGUUGAAGAAAAAGAAGAAAAUGAUAGAUAACAAAUGAGCAAUAUAAUGAGUCAUGCUGUAUGAUUCCCUUAAUAAAAAGCCAUAAAAUUUAAGAAGAAAAGAAGAAAAAAAGCAGUGGGCCUUCUGCCUUACAAAAUGAAAGCCAUGGUUGAAUUCAAACAGAUAUUCUGAACACUUUAUUUAAAAUGCAUGAUCCAAACAUAGACAGGGCAAUACAUUUUUAAGAAUGUAUAGUUAUGAGUGCACAUUAACAAAAUUGUUGUGAGGUCCAAAGAUAUUAUGGACUGCUGCACAAAGGUUACAGAACAUACUAAGAAUAUCAAAAAAUGGUAUAUACAAGUAACACUCAGACCUUCAGAUUUUUCUGUUAUUCUUAUAUAAUACUUGUGACAACACAAAAUACUCAGGGUUCAUAUUUUAUUCUACUGUACAGUUUUAAUUAGAAAGAAACUGUUUUUAAUUCUUGCAACUCUUUUUUUAUUCUUUUGAUUUUUAUAAGUCAGUAGAGACAUUUGAUUUUUCUUGCUUGAUGAAUACAUCACUGUUUCAGUAUAUUAGCCACUAUUAAACAAUAGCUCUAGCAAAGAAUUUACUGUAUGGUGCAAAUCAUCCAAAUAAUAUCCAUAGUUUAAAUGAAUUACCUAAUCAAGCUUGGCAAAAUAUUUGUUUUAUAAAAUUUUCUAAAGGUCUUAUAAAUACCUGAUGGACACUAAUAUCAGGUUUGUUUGUUUUUUUUAUCUUUAUAUGAGUGUGUCAAUUUUUGCAGGAUAUGUUUUCCCAAUCAGCCUCUCAAUUUCUAGUGAACUUUAGCACUUAACAAAUAAAACUUAUUUUAGAGCAAUGUCAUGUAAUGGGUUUCCUGCAUUUCAUCAGAUCUCCGUUUGGCUGACGAGUGUUAGGGGUGGUAUUCUAUAUCAAACAUGCUAAAAGCCAAGUGGUCAAAAUGUCAAGAGUAUGUUUAAUUGGAGCAGGUGAGUGGAGUGCGGGUGCUAACCCUAAUGCUAGUAAUACCCUUUCCCCCAAUCCUAACCCUACACAUUACUUUAGAAAAACUUCCUGUAGCACUGCCACUAUUCAGACGAAUUUUGAGACUAGUGUUAUGGGGGGGUUAGUAUGAAGAUCGGUAGAGGGAAUAGUUUUCCUUACUUGAUCAUUCGUGCGUCAAUCUUGUGGGUGUUAGAUAUUCUGUAUGUUAAUGUUGGUAUUUUCAUUUGUUAUUAAGGAUAUUCAAUCAUACUGAAUAGAACCUAUAUUGCAAAUGUAAUCCACUAUUACAAAUGUGUAGUUGAGCUACAAUUGUAAUAAUAGGAAAAAAUGCACCUUGAUAAUAUUCCCUAACAUUAAGUAUGUACUAUUCUGUUUGGUAAUAUUUCAUUAUUUAUUUCUGAAUGUUUAGUUUGAUAUUUCACCAAAAAAGAGGGAUAAAGCAAUAAGAAUGAAAGGAAGGAGAAAACUUCGAUUCAUAUAUCACAUAUAUUUGAAAAAGCAGAAAGAAGAAUCAAUUGCAAUACAAAGGCAAACCCAAAUGUAAAUUUCCAUGUCACAUUUAGACUUACAGUAGUAAAAGUGGUCAUGAAUAUAUUAUUAACAAUUUAAAGCAAACAGAAAUUAACAAAGAGUGAAUCUUUUUGGUAACAUUUUUUUCCCUCUGGUAGGUUGACCUUGCAAGAUAAGUCAUCACUCAAUUCCAGUCUCCCUCUAUAUUUAACUGCUCCAUUUUCCCUGAUAACACUGUGAUUGGUGCAUGCCCAGAUGUGUCCCUUCUUCAGGAGGGUGCUGUCAUUCUUAAAGACUGGAACCUGCAUAUGCCAUUCUCUAAACAGAAAAUGACAGGGAAGAUAAGCAGAUUUUACAACUAAAUGUUUAGCCUGAGUUAAGUUAGGCCCUGCCACUUUCUUUUUGCAUGCAGAGAUUUGUCAGGGUGGACAUGCAAUGGGGGUUUAAAAGGAAAACAAAUCAAUCUUCACAGUGGUGUGCGCUGCAGCAACACUGUACACCAUCCUGAGCAGUGAGGGCUGUUUGUUCUGGAUCAAGUUCUGCACAAAGAUAAACUGAGAAUGCCACUGUCAUAUUAUCCCUCCCCUCAAGAGAGGUGAGCAGACACAGCAUCUUAAUUCCUUCCCACUGGCAUAUUAGCAUUUCCAGUUCCCAGUCCCUUAAUUAAACCUAGUUUGCCUGAGUCAUAGUUAGGACUUCAAUUUCAGCACCACAGAACAGACUUCACUGGUAGAUAUUUGAGGUAUCCCAUUCCAUCUUCAAUACCAGCCUCACUGGGUUAAAAUUAAGAACUUAAAAUGCAUCAUCAUACCCUUUGGGGAGAGAGAUGUCCCCACAAAUUAUCACAUUAAUAACAAAGUACUAA